UCCAUAUAUUCAUUGUUAUAUGCUGCAGGGGCUAAAAACGACUAUAGGCCAUAAUUAUUGAUGUCAGUGUUGAUCCUCCAUAUAUUAGUAAUCAGUUACACUGCUAUUUUUUUCUCUCUUUUUUUUGUUUGUUUUGUUAUUAAAUAAAAACGUGUACAUUUCUCGCUUUAAAUACUUCUAAUUAUUGUCAGUGUGUAAUUACGUCGUAACGCCACUAGAUGGGGGCAGUGCGACAUCCAUGCUGCUCCCCUGGUGAACUUUGGAUCAUAAGGAGGGACUCCACCUGGAAUGUGGGCUAAACUUUAAAGGUACAGUCAUAUGACUCCCAGUUGCAUGAAUGUGAGAAAAACAGAGCUGAAAAUGCUCCCUGGGGAGAUUUUGGGUGUGUUUUUUUGUGGGCCGGAUCUUGACCCUGUGGGAGCUGACGCUUGGCCCUCUUUAGCGCUGAUCCCAUAAGACGAUGGGUGUCGGGAGUAAAAUUCCCGGGAUGACGGCAAAACUUUAGUGCGUGAUCGCAAAAUCUACAUACAUGCAUGGAAGAUUUGCACUCUAACGGGAAGCCGCCAGUGACGGUAAGGGAAGAUCCGGGCAGCAUGAGCCGACAACAGGCAGAGAUCCCCCCACGGAGGAGAGUAGCGGCGGUGAGCGCUGCCGCUCUAUCCGCCUCACGGCUUACCUUACCCGGGGUCAUGGACGCAGAGGGGAGGGUCGACGAGUCCAGACUGAGGAUGCACAUCUUCAAGAACGGUGGUGUGGCUCCAUCAGAGCGAGGCCUGGCUUGGCGUUUCCUGUUUGGCAUGUUCCCAUGCAGCUCCACCGCACUGGAGCGGUCCUUGCUGCGGGAGCAGUUGUUGGUACGUUACCAGGUCAUGAAAAGGAAGUGGCAGCAGUGUCUUCCCUCAUCAGUGCGGAUGCAGCUCAACGGUACUGAUGCCGAGUUGCUCGCAGCGGUUCGGUACUUUGACCAGAGGGAGGCACAAACCCAGCAGCAGGACCAGGACCAGUCUGAGGAGGUGAAGGACAGACUGGCAUUCUUGGAGCUUCAAGCUCAGAUAUUGUUUGAGCGCAUCACGUUUGACCUGGAGGAGCUACGGGAAGCCACACGAAUCAUUGACAAGGAUGUUCCCCGCACAAGCAGAGACCUGAGCUUCUACCAAGAUGAAGGUUUAGGGAAUCUGUUGGUCCUGAGAGACAUCCUCAUCACUUAUGCUGCUUUUCAUCCAGAGGUUAGCUACGCCCAGGGAAUGAAUGACCUGUGCAGCAGGUUCCUGGAGGUCCUUGACUCUGAGGUGGACACCUUCUGGAGUUUUUCCUCCUACAUGGAGAAGUUCUCCAGGGAUUUCAUGGCUGACGGCUUACACAGAAAAAUAGAGCUGGAGGCUGCUCUGUUGAAGGAGCUGGACCCUCCGCUUUAUGCUCAUCUGGUCAAAGACAACAUGGAAAGUCUUACAUUUUGCCACAGGUGGCUGCUGCUGGGCUUUCAAAGAGAGUUUGAACACAGUGAUGCACUGCGUUUGUUUGAAAUCCUGAGCUGUGACCAUCUGGAGCUGAUCUCACAGCAGGUUGACCGCGCUCGAUAUCAGGAGAGACUGGACCAAAAACACCACACAGAGGACACAUCGGAGUCACCACGGCAAACCUUCAACACAGACUUCACCUUCGAGCUCUUCAUCUGUGCAGCCAUCCUGCUGGAUAACAGAGAGUCUCUGCUGCGGUGCCAAGACGACGUGCAGCUGAUCCAGUUCACCAGCAGUCUUCAGGGAAAACUGGACCUGAGCAGCACUUUGGAGAAAGCAGAGAGCCAUUUCUACAACUACUGCAAGCGGUGUGCGUGGGAUUAUAUGAAUGGGCACUGCCGAGAAAACAGUAACAAACCCGAAGACUUCUUUUAUCAACUCCGUAGUUUGUUUGUCCUAAAGUGACAGCUUUCUCAGUAGCUACAGAAUGACAGUUUUCUUCUGACAUUUAAAAAAAAAACAAAAAAAAAACCACUUGUUCAAUGCUGCUUAAUUGCUUAUAAUUACUAGUAAUGUACAGUAUUUAUUGAAAGUUAUUCUACAACUGUUGUAAGUUAUCGUGUUUACAAAUGUUAACAGCAUUAAAAAGUCUAAAGCUUAA